CCGGAGCGUACCCCCCUGCCCACGCUGCACGCGCUGCACGCUUACCCCCUGGAUGUGUCUCCAACGAAGGCCGUAUUCUCCAACAAACUUUUCGAAUUAUGUCUACUAGGAAAAGGAGUUCCGCAAACGCGAUGAAUAAAUAUAAGGAGGAAUCUGAUGGGUCAGUGUCAUCGGAGGACUCGGACUACGAUCCCGACGAAACGGAGGUCCCAGGUGGCGGGAAGAGCAUCACCGCCCUGGGCGACGCCCCGGCGCCGGCCGACCUGCUCUCGUCAGCCCUCUCCUCGGCAGGCGUGGCCGGCAGCUCUGGCGUUAACGCAGACCGCCACGCCAAGAUCGACCGCAUGAUUCGUGAUGGCGUGCUGACCAAGGCGGGCCCGACGGGAGGGCAAGCGGGCUACCAAGUCAUCAGCAGCGCGGAGCCGUCCACACCGAGCGCCGCCGGCACUCUGGUGCAAAACUCUCUGACGGCCUCCGGCUCUGGACUGCCUCCGGCCGCGGCAUCCGGACUGCCUGCCGCCGCCGCUCGGAUGAAGGUGGCCGUCAAACCUACCGGGGCGAUGGGUGCGGCGGCCGUGAUGAGUCCAAUGAUGGUGCAGGCGAUGGCCGGUCAGCUGGCCCAGAUGGGCCUUCCGCCCAUGAACAUGGCCCAGAUCCAGAGCCUGCUACUGCAGCAGAUGAUGAGCCAGAAGCUCCCGCCGCCUCCGAGCCUCUUCUUAGGAGGAGACUCUAAGCUGGCCGCUCCGCCCGAAGACGAGCACGGCGAGGAGGACGACGACGACAUGGGCGUGGUGGAAACAUACGCCGACUACAUGCCGGCAAAAUUGAAGCUGGGCCGGAAGCACCCAGAUCCGGUGGUGGAGACAGCCUCACUGGCCAGCGUUCCGCCCACCGAUGUGUGGUACCGGCUGUCGCUGCCCGAGGAGCUCAUCAGCCAGGGCCGGCUGUCGGCGCUUCAGCUGGAGGCCGUCGUAUACUCCUGUCAGGCGCACUCGCAGUUUCUGCAGGACGGCACUCGCGCUGGCUUCCUAGUCGGUGACGGUGCGGGUGUCGGCAAAGGACGCACCAUCGCAGGACUGAUCUACGAGAAUUACCUGAAAGGCCGCAAAAAAGCCAUCUGGGUAUCCGUUUCCAACGACCUUAAGUACGACGCAGAAAGAGACCUGAGCGACAUCGGCGCCGGAAAAAUCAGCGUGUACGCCCUUAACAAGAUGAAGUACGCCAAAAUCAACUCGGUUGUAAACGGAGACGUCAAAAAGGGCGUGGUCUACUCGACGUACUCGUCACUGAUUGGCGAAUCGUCCACGGUGGGCGGGAAGUACAAGACGCGGCUCAAACAGUUAGUCCACUGGUGUGGUGACGACUUCGAUGGACUGAUCGUCUUUGACGAGUGCCACCGGGCCAAGAACUUGUGCCCGGUUGGUUCAUCCAAGCCGACCAAGACGGGCCUGACAGUGCUCGAGCUGCAGAAGCAGCUGCCCAAGGCGCGCGUCGUAUACGCCUCAGCCACCGGCGCCUCCGAGCCUAAGAACAUGGCCUACAUGGUGCGGCUUGGAAUCUGGGGCGCCGGCACGCCGUUCAGAGAGUUCAGCGACUUCAUAUCGGCGGUGGAGAAGCGUGGUGUGGGAGCCAUGGAGAUUGUGGCGAUGGAUAUGAAGCUGCGCGGCUCGUACAUGGCGCGCCAGCUGAGCUUCCACGGGACGGCCUUCCGCAUCGACGAGGUGCGCCUGACGCCCGAGAUGGUGGCCCUGUACGACGACUCGGUGCGCCUCUGGGUGGAGGCGCGAGAAAAGUUCCAGCGCGCCGCAGAGCUGAUCGACGCCGACAAGUCGCUCAAAAAGUCCAUGUGGGGCCAGUUCUGGUCUGCCCACCAGAGGUUCUUCAAGUACCUCUGCAUUGGCGCCAAGGUCAAACAUGUGGUCAACAUUGCCAGUAAUUCCAUGAAGAUGGGGAAGUGUGUGGUGAUCGGCAUGCAGUCUACAGGCGAGGCACGCACACUAGAGCAGCUUGAGAGAGACGACGGGGAGCUCACCGACUUCGUCUCCACGUCCAAGGGCGUGGUUCAAUCGCUGAUUGAGAAACACUUUCCUGCGCCGGACCGCGACCGCAUCAGUCGGCUGCUGGGCAUGCAGCCGGACCGGCCGUCGCCACAGUUCCAGGCCAUUCUGGACGAGAUCAAGGACGAGGCCUCGGCCAGCGGCGCCGCCAAACGAAAGCCAGUGAGGCAAGCGGCGCGCAGGGCCAUCAAACGCUACAAGCACGCCUCGAGCGGCUCCGACUCAGAGCCGGGCUCGGACCCGGCGCCACGCCGCGGCCGUGGCGUCGCUCACGACUCCGACUUCAAAAUGUCCGACUCCGAUGAUGAUGAGGAGGGGGCCAGCGGAGAGGCUGAGGACUCCGACUCCUCCGUCCACUCGGAAGACAUGAGCGACGAGGACGAGGAGUGGUCCGGUAGCCGGCGGCGGCGCAACAACGCUAAACCGAAAAGGGCACCUGCCAGAGACAAGUUCGCGUACAUGUCGUCCGGGAGCAGGAGCGGCGGCGCCGAGUACGCGCCGCCCAGCCACGGCGCCGUGGAGCUGGCCUGCCAGAUGAAGGACGAGCUGCUGAGGAAGGUGGAUCAGCUGGGCAGCCGGCUGCCGGCCAACACGCUGGACGAGCUCAUCGACCAGCUCGGCGGCACCGAGAACGUGGCGGAGAUGACUGGUCGCAAAGGCCGGGUAGUCCAACACGACGACGGCCAGAUAGCGUACGAGUCGCGCUCCGAGCAAGAUGUGCCGCUCGAGACGCUUAACCUGGAGGAAAAGCGACGCUUCAUGGACGGAGAGAAAGAUAUCGCCAUCAUCUCUGAGGCGGCCUCGUCCGGUAUAUCGCUGCAGAGUGACCGGCGAGUUAAAAACCAGCGCCGGCGCGUGCACAUCACCCUGGAGCUGCCGUGGAGCGCCGAUCGCGCCAUUCAGCAGUUCGGUCGCACCCAUCGCAGCAACCAGGUGAACGCGCCCGAAUAUGUGUUCCUGAUCUCGGAGCUGGCUGGCGAGCGACGGUUCGCCUCCAUUGUCGCCAAACGGCUGGAGAGUCUGGGUGCGCUGACACACGGUGACCGGCGUGCCACCGAGUCGCGUGACCUGUCACGGUUCAACAUCGAUAACAAGUAUGGCCGCGCUGCGCUGGAGGCCACCAUGAAGACGGUGAUGGGCUACGAGCAGCCCAUCGUGCCACCACCGGACGACUACAAGGGCAACUUUUUCCUCGACAUUCGACGGGCGCUGGUCGGCGUGGGCCUCAUCACACACGAGAACGGCUCCUACAUGCUCGACAAGGACUUCAACAAUAUGAGCAAGUUCCUGAACCGGAUCCUGGGAAUGCCGGUGGAUCUUCAGAAUAGGCUCUUCAAGUACUUCACCGACACGUUGUCGGCUAUCGUCACGCAGGCCAAGAAGACGGGCCGCUACGACAUGGGCAUCCUUGACCUGGGCUCGCAGGAGGGAUCUGUGCGACGCACCAAGCUGCGCGUAUACCUGCACAAGCACGCCACGGGCACGGGCCGCACGGAGCUGCACACGGUGAACGUGGAGCGGGGCUGCAGCUGGACUGAGGCGCAGCGCAAGUGGGCCGAUCUCGAGUCUCCCACUGAGGGCUUCUACGUGUCCCACCAGGUGCGCAACGGCAAGCUGACGGCCAUGCUGGCCACGCUGGCGGAUUCAUCGUCCAAAAUGAAGCAAGUGAAGAAGGAGGACCAGCUGUACACCGUGUGUCGGCCCAACACGGGCGUCCAGAUCCGGAUGGAGACGCUGGCUGAGAUCAAGAAGAAGUACAAGCGCGUGCAGCCGGCCGAGGCCGAGCGGCACUGGCAGGAGCAGUUUGAGGCGUCCGUGGCCACGUGCUCGCACGCCUACUGGCGCGGCGUGUGCAAGCGGCGCGCUCUGGGCGUCGACUGCGACGUGGGCCGGCGCGCGCGAACCUACCACGUCUUAUCCGGCUCGGUGUUGCACGUGUGGACGCGGGUGGAGGGCGUGCUGUCUGCGGCCAGCGUCAGCCCGGCCCAACAGAAGAUGCAGGUCAUCCGGGUGCGCUGCUCCGACCAGCUCAAAAUCGUCGGCAUUGUGGUACCCAAUCACGUGGUGCCCAACAUGAUGACCAUGCUCGAGGAAGCCGCCGACUCGCACUUCGUAGAACAUCUAGACAAGGAAUAAGCCGACCGGGCGGUGCUGGCGCUACAGGACCGCCAGUAUCACCUUGGAGAGCCAGCCGGGCAGACUGCCCCGCAGAUCCAGACGGGCCGUCGCCGCUAACUGUAACUGUCUGACCGCGGUGUCCCCUCACUACGCGGCCUGUUCAUUAGAUAGUGACAAUUCUGUGUACCUUUAUUAGUGACCUGAAGGGCAGUUUUCAUUCAGUUGCAUUUACGUGGUGUCUGUGCGAUAUAGCCGGAGUGAGGACGUGUGCUCAGGUCCGGACAGACAGUGACCUCAGUUGGCGCUGGUGCGCCGCACCUGAUCGAGGCGGCUCGCGCUCCCGGCAAGUCCAACUUUGGCAAAUCCUGUCGCCACGCUUCAUUGACUUUCCCUGGAUCAUCGUUACAUUGAAAAAAUACAAAGCAUUUGCAUA